AUGAAUAGAUUAAUUGCUUUACUCUUUUCGUUUGUUAUAAAUUUCUAUUUAUCAGAGAUGAAAGAUGAUCACGAAAUUUCUACACACACGGAUAAUAAUAUAUCAGCAUGGAAUCUAAAGUUGAAUGAAGUUAUUUCUACCGAUCUAUCAAGUAAAACUUGGGAAGGUCCAUUUUAUUAUGAUGUAUUCAUUGGUAGUAUGAUUACUUUACCAUGUGUAAUAAGUGAUAGUAAAAUUGAAAACAUAUACAUUGCAAGGAAUACCAUAACUAAUGAAGGGAAAUCAUGGGCAUUAUUAUGGAUUCAUAACACAUGGACAAAUGUUAUUGAUCCUUGGUUAGGUGAUGGGAGACGCAGUUACAAUCCAUUAGAUAAUAAUCGUUGGGAAAUACCCAACAUUGAUUUAUCAAUAAGUCAAGCAUAUUUAUCAAUUAUCGAUAUUGAUCCAACUGAUGUUGGAGUUUAUGCAUGUGUUGUGGUUACCUAUCCAAUUCAAUUUGGUUAUUCACCAGUUGAUUUGAAACAAACUCAACUACUAAGUAUUCAUAUGGUACGAGUUCACUCUAACUUUAUAGUAGCACCAGAAUGCCAAGAUGAGGAUGAUGAUGAUAUGGAGAAUGGAAAUUAUUGUAAAACUGGAUUUGAACCAUGGAGAUUUAAUGUUUAUUAUCCAAUUGAUGGAUGGGUAAACAGUAUCUUAUUCCAUGGUAGGCCAAAUCUAUAA